AUGGCAAAACCGGUUCGCUGGACUGAGGAAGAAAAACGGCAAAUGGUCAUUGCUAGAAGCCAAAAUCAGCAUCUGUCCUGGGAAGAAUUUCAAAAGAACCUGUGGCCGUCUCGCACAGUGGGAGCUUUGACAUAUAUGUACAGUGAAGUAAAGAGAAUGGAUCGAUUGAGGACGAGGAUUCAGGUACCAGAGGAGAAUUCUUUCUUGCCAUCAAGGCAGAUACCAGAACACCCUGCUCUAGAACACCCUCCUCCAGAACACCCUCCUCCAAUACAUCAUCCACCAGAACAUCAUCCACCAGAACAUCAUCCACCAGAACAUCAUCCACCAGAACAUCAUCCACCAGAACAUCAUCCACCAGAACAUCAUCCACCAGAACAUCAUCCACCAGAACAUCAUCCACCAGAACAUCAUCCACCAGAACAUCAUCCACCAGAACAUCAUCCACCAGAACAUCAUCCACCAGAACAUCAUCCACCAGAACAUCAUCCACCGCCAGAACAAUACCUCGCACACGCCCCAAAGCGAACAGCAGAUGCCCUAAAGGAAGGCGAGGCUGUUUGUGAAACCGAAAAUUCUCUCGCACAACCCUCUCAUGCCGCGAAACGCCCAUGUACCGAAGAUUCAAAUGGGAGGAUACAGCAACAGACAGUUACCUCUCCCAAUGGUAGACAUUCAAAGUCUACUGAUCCUCAGUCGCCAGAAGCUUCUCUCCCAAGACAAAACAGUGUCCAGAAAGAUUCGCAGAAUGUGACACUCGACCAUGCGCGACAGAUCUAUCCUUCCCAAAGCGAGCUUACACAGGUAGCUCAGGUUGAAGAAGAAGAAGAAGCUGCCAAUGGGCUGCCACUCCCUUGUUCGGUCGGAGAGGCCGCGCCCAAUGAAACACUGGCCAGUGGCUUGACCCCAGCUCGACAAGCAGAGCAACGCACCUGUCAGUUUCACCUCGUUGACUCGCUGGUUGUAAAUGGGGUUGAAAAUGACAUGGCCGACUUAGCGAUGCGAUUUUGUGAUGACAUUAGCGUCGUUAGAAAACGUCGCCAAAUGGUUCAAUUUCAGGAAUCGGCUUUGAGCGAAACAUUAUCUCAAAUGACUGAAGCAUUCUCUAACACGCAGUCAAUUCUCCUGGAUUUGAAAGAACAGGUUAAACAAAGAGAGAGGGAGGCCAAAAAAGCCGAAAAUGCGCUAGAGCUGUUACAAAAGCGAAUGGAAAACCAGCAAAAUAAAGUGAUUUCCGAGAAAAUGGCAGAGAUUGAUCGUUUACGAGAGGAGACUUCAAAACGAAACAAGGACUUGGAGAGUAUCACAGACAGAAACGAGAAGCUGGAAAGAGAAAAUACAUCUCUAAAAGAAAAGAUGAAAGGUAUCUGUGCUCUCUCCCAAUUAGGUCAAUUCUGA